UCGCAUUGAGAUUGAAUACUCGCACAGGCUCUUAGGCUACACUGUAGCUUAUGUGGAGAGCUCUCUCUGGGCUGGUGCAAAGAAAACAUCGCGGAAAGAGCCAGGGUGCUUUUCCUUUCUCCCUUUACGAAGAAGACUCAAAACUUUCCAGUCACCAGCUGCUGGUGAAGCCUAUAUAGAGAGGACCUGGUGCUUCUAACAAAAGAGGAAUUGCAGUGAACUUGGCAGUCAAGAGGAUUCCCCAUUCACUGGCUUGGGAUUUUUUUUACUACCAACUACACUGCUACAACAAGGCGAGGCUGUUGAUACUCUGACUAAGGACUUACCAUGGCUCCGACCAGCAGACAGCACCCAGCUUCGGCAUCUUGACACCAGCACGCACACACACACACACAAGACACACACACACGCACACACACUCAGAAGACACACACUUCUGGUAUCUUGACGCCAGCACGCACACACACACAAGACACACACACGCACACACACUCAGAAGACACACACUUCUGGUAUCUUGACGCCAGCAUAUGCCCCAAAGGGCUGCCGAGGAAUCAACACAAACACAACCAGGAGACAAGAGUUGUCAGAGUUGUCAUCACACACACACCAAGGACUGGUGAAGAGACAAGGAACCUUUGACUUGGACUUACACACCCAUUAAGAGCUUUGGGUGCUUUUUGUUGUCCUUUUUUUGUUUGCGUUUUUGACCUCUAGUACCACUUUUUUAGAGCUUUUUUUUCUUUUGCACUUUUGGCAUUCUCAUAUUUUUGAGUGUGACUCAACACCACUUAAGGGCUUUGCGGUCUAUUUUUUACAUUUUUGUUGUGACUGGAACUUUUCAUUUAAGAGCUUUGCUCAGAGCCAUUUUGUUUGUUUAGUUUACUUUUGUGGACUUCAUUUGUAUCCUGCGACCCCCAUCCAUCCUUCACCUAUAAACAUCCAGCAGUUUUGUUCUUUUCUUUUUUCUUUUGUAUUUUUCUCUCUUUUUUUUCCCGUGGACGUAUUUUCCAUCCAUCUGUUGCCAUGCCGAUCCUGAAGCAGCUAGUAUCGGGCUCGUCCCAGUCCAAGCGGCGGUCCCGCGCCGACCUGACGCCCGAGAUGAUCAGCGCUCCCCUGGGCGACUUCCGCCACACCAUGCACGUGGGCCGAGGAGGGGACACAUUCGGGGACACCUCCUUCCUCGCCAGCAGGAGUGGAGAACCCCCCCGGCAACCCACCGACACCCUGCCGCCACCUCCACCACAGCAUCAGUAUCAGAUGUCACAUCCCCAGCAUCCCAGCCAGCCGCCACCCCCGCCUCCAGACUCCUCCCCCCCAACCCAGCACCACAAGCCCAGCCUUCUCUCCCGGACCUUCCGCAGCAGCAAGCGCUCGCAGUCGGUCAACCGAGCCGCCGACAAGCACAAGUCGUCCUCCUCCAUCAUGGUCUCCUCGGCAACGCCCACCAUGCUGCUGCCGGGCAACGGCUCCCCGACGCACGUGAAGACGGCCAUCUCGCUGCCGUACCUGAACGAGGGAGGAGGAGGAGGAGGUGCGCUCUCCUUCCCCAAAAGUGUCUCCUCCAGUCCGCUCAAGAGAGGUAUGGGAUCAUCGGGAGACGUGAUUGACGGCCGGAAACCGGCCAAUGGGGCGGCAGCUUCAGCGGCGGCCUUGGCCAUACAGGAGCCAGAUCUCCUGGAGGCGGAGCGUGAGCGUCGAUUCGGUGACCUCAGCGACCUCCCGCCCUCUCUACCCCGAGGCGGCGGCGGCGGCGGUAUGAAGCACGCGGAGUCCAUCAUGUCCUUCCACAUCGACCUCGGCCCCUCCAUGCUGGGAGACAUCCUCAGUGUCAUGGACAAGCCCGCCGCCUGGGACUGCGACGACAGCGACCUCGGGUUCGAGGACGGGCGCGGUUCGCCCCCGCUCAGCCCGCCCAGAGCAGCCGGAAACGGGGUCGGAGGGGGAGUCGAUCACCGUGCCAAUGGCCACGAUGACGUCGUAGGUGGUGGUGGUGGUGGUGGUGGUGGUAGAGGAGGCGGGGCGAGUAGUGAUGACAACGAGGCUCCGUCACCCCCUGCUCCAUCCAGGCCUCCUCGUAUCACCUCCUCCUCCUCCACCUCCACCUCCACUUCCUCCUCCUCCUCUCGCUAUGCGUCCAAUAAUGGUGGAGGAGCCGUCGUAAGGCCCCCUGGUGGCCAACACCUGGAUAGCUGCUCCGUGUCCAGCUCUGGAUCUACGGUGCAGGACGACAGAAUGAGCGGCAGCAUUGGCGGGCACAGUAACCAUGGAUACAGUAACCAGCGCAACCAGCUGAACCAUAGCAACCAGAGCGAAACGGACGGUGACAGCGCCCGCUUCAGCUCGCCGGGCCGCUCCACCACCAGGGAAGAGGAUCGAGACUUCUCCUUCAUGGAUGAUGACGACGAGGACGAGAUCCGGGUCUAGGUCGAGGACUAGGUCUCGGUCUGGGACCAAAAGAACCGGGUCUAGGGACAGGAGAGGUGAACUGGGCCUAGCAUGAGAUCUGGGUCUUGGGUUCAGUGCUGGGAUGUGAAAGUGGCAGUGACCUUUAUUCAUGGGCAAUGGGUAUGGGUGGGUUGGGAAGAGAUCCGGGUGAAGGUGCUGAGAACUAGACUUUAUGAACAACUUGGAAAGAGACGGGUGGAAGGGAAAAAUGUGUAGGACUGAUGUGAGGAGAAUGAAGUCUUGGGGAACUUGUAUGUGUGGGCAACAUGGACUUUUACGGGCAGGGCUCUAAAUUAACACUAGCCAACCGGCCAAAUGCCUGGUGAAAUUUCAGUUUGACUGUUAAAAAUGACCAAGUUAUUGGCCACUUUUACCAUUAAUGAGUGUCUAUUUGGCUAGUACGAUCAAUGUAUACCAGCCAUUUUGGCUGGUGGUGAAAAAAAAGUUAAUUUAGAGCUUACAGAUAGUAAUGAGGAGUAAAAUCCCAAGAUGAUGGAGUGGUAGGCAUAAGGAGAGGGACUAUACAUGUAGAUUCCAAGGAGGAAGAGGUAAAUUGUGUUUUUUUUCUACUGUUUGAGGGGUGAAGGACAACAAAUAUGUGACCUUGCAUCCUCACCUGGCAUGAGACUGAACGAAAUGAUGAAGAAGGGCUGAUGGAACUGGAAGAGGAUGGAGAAUCAUGAAGAUAUUUUGUCUAUAGGACCGCACGACUUUUGUGGCCAUCGGGAACUUUUUCAGCACACUCGUUAGUAUAAAUGUCAUCACCCUUACCAUUACCACUACAGCCAACACUCCUUUGUGUGUGUGUGCAUGCAUGCGUCUGUAAAACACAUGCUACAAUAUGGAUUCUGUGGUGCUGAGGUUUUCCCCAAGUAAUUCUACUACUAUGAUUUUAUGUUUCUUCUACAUGGUCAUAUUAUGGUAAUACAGUGUUGAUCACUGACCCUAACUGGACGUUGGAUGGGCUAUGGACAGGACACACCAAGACACCUCCGAUCCCCGUUCCCACAAACCCACCUUCUUUGUCCGCACUCCAAAUCUAGUAUGGUCACCUAUUUUUGGGGCAAUUGGAUUGCAAUGACCUAUGCAGCAUGCACCGCAGACCAUGGGCACUCCAAGACAAAACACCACCAACACCCUUUCCCACACAGUCCUAGCUUUGGCCACGCCCUCCUAGUGAUGCAACACCUUCAGCGUUGCUACUAGUCAGGCCAGGAGCAAUACAAAUAUCGUUUCUGAGCUCCGGAGAAAUCGGGAACCUCCACCCACUUUGUCUGAAGCCAGUCAACUUUGAGCAGCUCCAACAGCCCUGGGUAGAGGCAUGUUCAAGGCAGUGACGCGGUUUAAGCAGAGACGUUCUAUUGGGACUAAGAAAAAGUUUUGGUUUAAGAAUUCGGCAUAGCUUUUUCUGACCUUGACUAGUAGCAAACCAGGCAAACACAGUCCCACUCUGUCUACAGUAUGGUCUCCAAUAUUCUGGUCUAUUGGACUGCAAUAACCUAGAGCGCAUUCUUGAUGGACCAUAGACACUCCGAGACGUCACGCCUUCAAGCCAUUUCCCAUAAUUCAUCUCUGUCUUUCCAGUAUAUCCUCUGUGUUUUCUAUGGUCCCUCAUUCUGGCCAACGGGAUCAUAAAUGGUCAGUUGUUGGCUGCCCACAUCCUAGCUCCUUUAAUUGGCUAUGUUGAUGUUUUAGAACUUCUGUUUUAGCCAAUGACAGGGUUUGCCUCUAUGUACGUCCAUCUUUAUACAGCCUAUGAUUGGCUGAUGGCUCAUACCUCCAAGACUGUUGACCAAUCAGACUCCAAGGCACAGUCAGCUUCAGAAUCCUUUGCCUUCAUAACACUCUUGUUGUCUUGAGACAAUAGACUCCAUUCCACUACAGACUACACAUACACUACACUAAAUGUACACUACGCUAGUCAGUAACACAUCCUAAAUUAAAGUGCCGUUGCCUGCCACCUACUGUAAAAGAUCAUGAAGAUGGACACACACACACACACACACACACACACACACACACACACACACACACACACACACACACACACACACACACACACACACACACACACACACACACACACACACACACACACACACACAGGACUGACUCGGUAAAGACAAGGCUGAUUGGGUAAAGUCAUAUGGUUUAUUGUACCAAGUACAUUUUUGUCUGACAGAGUCUGUCAGUCCAUGUAUUAUAUGUAGGUAGUUUCUGUUCUACUAAAUAUUUACAGUGAGAGUGUACAGUUUGCUGGCAUUGGGUUGUGUGUAUGUGUCCAAGUUUUCUUACAAGUUCACCUGAUUUUUUUUCUCUUUCAAGUUGUAUAUACAGAUGCAUCAUCAUGUCAUUUACUGAGGUCUGACCUAGAGCAGCCCAAAUGAUGGACUUUUAAGUCACCAACUAAUACAGCAUUGCACGUUGGGAAAUGCAGUCUACAGAAUUGCAUUUUGGGAAAUAUUGUGUGUGUAUAUAUAACCACAUUAAGUCUUAUCAAUUCACACUUUAAUUUUGUAAUGUAGGAUAUUCUCUGAUAUACCAGCACUUUGUGUGCACGGAUGUGGAGUAUACAGGUACCUGGGUUCAAAUAAUUGCCAAAUGACAUUUGGAGGUUGAUUUCUCAUAUUGUUCUUUAUUUUUUCCAUGGCAGUUCCAUCCGUUUGACUCACUACAGUACAACACAGCUCUCAGUCGCUAUGGAUAAGGAAAUAUAAAACACAGUCACAAAUGUACAGUAUCUACAUGUCUUAAUUAUUGAGUGUGAGUGUGUGUAUUGUUGCUACUUGCACAUGUAUAAAUUAUAGGUGGCCUUUAUAGAUACACAUUGCUGGAUAAGGUGACGAGCAUAGACAUGAGGUACUUGGGCGUGGGCGUGCAUGCGUGCGUGCCUGCGUGCGUGCCUGCG